AUUUAUUUGAAUGACAAUACUUUAUGCUGUGCAAUCACUCAGCUGCUUCUACAGUAGGUUUUAUAAAAGACAGUGAUAAACUGAGUGCCACUGUUGCGCAGCAGCCCUGCCAGGUGCCAACAUGGCUAUCGGAAAGAUCAUCUUCUAUGAGGACACAAACUUUAAGGGCCGCUAUCAUGAGUGCAGUAGCAACUGUGCAGAUCUGCACCCUUCCUUCACCCAAUGUCACUCCAUCAGGGUAGAGAGUGGCUGCUUCAUGGUGUAUGAGCAUCCAAAUUACAUAGGACAGCAGUACUUCCUGCAGAGGGGCGAGUACUCUGACUGUCAGCGUAUUAUUGGUUUCAGUGACUGUAUCAGAUCAUGUCGUAUGAUCCCCAUGUACAAUGGCAACUACAGAAUGAGACUAUAUGAUCGGGCUGAUAUGGGAGGACAAAUGAUAGAACUAACAGAAGACUGCCCUAACAUCACAGACCGCUUCCACACAUCUGACAUCCACUCCUGUCAUGUGAUGGAUGGCCACUGGCUUCUAUACGAGCAGCCCAACUAUAGGGGACGAAUGUACUACGUUGGACCAGGUGAAUACAUGAAGUACGGCGACUGGGGAGGAACAGGCCCAAAAAUUGGAUCCCUCCGAAGAAUCACCACUUUAAACUAGUCUACAUGUUUUGCGCUGCAGCACAUGCACUAAAUAAAUUCUCUUGAUUGAAA